UUUCAACCUUUUAUAAUGUCUCUUUUCCUUUAAACAUUUAGCUUCUUCCAUGAGCAAAAAUAAAGGAGGCUUUAAUGCAAAUUCUGUGGUUGAUAAUCAGAUCUCUGAAUCUGGAAUAUGAGUAUAUAAAGACUCUGAUGUUUUAUUGGCCUUUCCUCCCUUCCAAAUUUAUGAUCAAUGGUUUAUUUUUCCCAUUAGAAUUAUUGCAGCUGGUACUGUUAAUAUUAUUAAAAUUCGUCAUCAUUUCGAGAAAAUUCAUAAAAAUGCUGAUUAAAUUUUAAGUAUGUUAAAAAUUAGCACUAGUGAUUAGUCAAUAAGUUUUCCACUUUUGGAAGGUGAUUAAAUUUAGAGCGAACCAUUGUUUCUGGAAAUUUAAGACCAUAAAUUAUUAGCAAGCUAUCUACUGAUGAGAAUCAUAUAGAAAGAUUUUGAAGACAGCGAUGUGGUUACUCCUGGUCUGGUUACAAAUUUCAAAAUUAUUUAAGAGUUUUUCAUUAAAAUUUUAUUAAUUUAGUGGUAGUAGACGGUUGAGAAAUAUGAGAUUGCCAUGUUUGGUAAUAAACUAUGACAUUCAUGAUGUGAGGAUGUUGAUUUCAAAGAUAAGGAACCAUUGAUUCUUAUGGACGAAGAAAAGGUGUUUAUUAUGUCCUAACUAACCAAGGAAAAUUUAUUUUCCUGUUACAUAUUUUCUAAAAUUAUGCUAAUGAAAAUUAAUGCUCGAGUAAACAAGUCUGAAAGUUCUUAUCCUAAACAGCUGUUAUAACACGGUCUACUUAUUAAAUUACCUCUAGUGUAUACCAAGAAUGAUCAAAUAUAGCUAGGAUCACUGAUUAUUUGUUCAAAUAGCAUGUUCUAGGCUCUCUUUAGAGAAAUGAGCCAACAUUUUAGAAGAAAGAUAAAAUAGAAGAGUUUUUCAAAAUUUUCAGACAUAUCCAACAUUACUUUACACUGAACGCAAGUCAGGCUUUAACUGAAUUAGCUUAAUAGAGAGGCUUAGUUGGAAGAACGAGGAGGCCAAGAGCUUGAACAAGUUUUUGCAUGUUUUGAACUCUCAAUAUUCUGCGCUAUGGGAUACUGGUGCUUUCAUUUUCAAACCUUCAUAAAUUUAUUUGCAUCAGGAUUUAAUGGAAUUGAAAAGACGAUCCAAAAGAUUUCUCAAGAGCUUGGUUUGCUUCUUCUUAGAAAUAUUACCUCAAAGAGAGAGUCCAAGACCAAAGAGUGCUAAAAUUAUCUUAAGAGGAAGCCAAAAAUGGAUUGAAAGGCAAUCAUUUUAUUGUUCACCUUAGAAGUAAAAUGCUUCAUAUUAAGAUAUCAAGCCGGUAAACUUCCGAUAAACCUUCUUGAAGUGAUUCUGCCUGAAUAUUAAAGAUAUUUAAGAACAGGGAAAAGGCGGGACCGGCAUUUUAUAGU